CGCCGUCGCCGCUGCUGUUGCCGCGGUAGCUGAGGGUCGGGGAGAGGAGGAGCUGUCGCGGACUCCGGGGGGGUCCGUCUCGGUCGCUGUUUUUGCCUGAGGAGCCUUCGUUCCUCGGUCGUACCCUGACUCCCGCGGUGUCGAGGGGGAGUCCCUGCGGACACCUCAGCACGCAGUGGAGAUGCCUCUCUUUGCCACCAAUCCCUUCGAUCAGGACGUCGAGAAAGCAACCAGUGAGAUGAAUACUGCUGAGGAUUGGGGCCUCAUUUUGGAUAUUUGUGAUAAAGUCGGUCAGUCUCGCACUGGACCUAAAGAUUGUCUUCGGUCUAUUAUGAGGAGGGUGAACCAUAAAGAUCCUCAUGUUGCUAUGCAGGCUCUGACUCUUCUAGGAGCAUGUGUAUCAAAUUGUGGCAAAAUUUUUCACUUAGAAGUAUGUUCAAGAGAUUUUGCUAGUGAAGUAAGCAACGUAUUAAACAAGGGUCAUCCUAAAGUGUGUGAAAAAUUAAAGGCUCUUAUGGUUGAAUGGACGGAUGAAUUUAAGAAUGAUCCACAGCUUAGUCUAAUAUCAGCAAUGAUUAAGAACCUUAAGGAACAAGGUGUUACAUUUCCAGCUAUUGGCUCUCAGGCUGCAGAACAAGCAAAAGCAAGCCCAGCUCUGGUAGCCAAGGAUCCUGGUACUGUGGCUAACAAAAAAGAAGAAGAAGAUUUAGCGAAAGCCAUUGAGUUGUCGCUGAAGGAACAAAGGCAGCAGUCAACCACCCUUUCCAGUUUGUAUCCAAGCACAUCUAAUCUCUUAACUAACCACCAACACGAAGGCCGAAAAGUUCGUGCUAUAUACGACUUUGAAGCUGCUGAAGAUAACGAACUUACUUUUAAAGCUGGAGAAAUUAUUACAGUUCUUGAUGACAGUGACCCCAACUGGUGGAAAGGUGAAACCCAUCAAGGCAUGGGGUUAUUCCCCUCUAAUUUUGUGACUGCGGAUCUCACUGCUGAACCAGAAAUGAUUAAAACGGAGAAGAAGACGGUACAGUUUAGUGACGAUGUUCAGGUAGAGACGCUAGAACCAGAGCCGGAACAAGCCUGCAUUGAUGAGGAUAAAAUGGACCAAUUGCUGCAGAUGUUGCAAAGUACGGAUCCCAGUGAUGAUCAACCAGAUCUUCCAGAGUUACUUCAUCUUGAAGCCAUGUGUCACCAGAUGGGACCUCUCAUUGAUGAGAAGCUGGAAGAUAUUGACAGAAAACAUUCAGAACUCUCGGAACUCAAUGUUAAAGUGAUGGAGGCCCUGUCCUUGUAUACCAAGUUAAUGAAUGAAGAUCCAAUGUAUUCCAUGUAUGCAAAAUUACAGAAUCAGCAGUAUUAUAUUCAGUCAUCCAGUGUUUCUGGUUCUCAGGUGUACCCAGGCCCUCCUCAGGGUGGUGCUUACCUGGUCGCGGGGAGCGCACAGCUGAGCCAGCCCCAGAGGUACAGCCUUCCGCCCGAGCAGCUGUCUUCUCUCAGCCAAGCAGCCGUGCUGCCUGCCGGCCCAGCCCUUCCCAGUCAGCAGGCUCCGGCUUCCUACCCCAACACGAUGGGCACUCCCGUCCCAGGAGGCACGUAUCCCAGCCAGCCUUCAGUGUACAGUCCCCCUCCUGCCGCCGCUGCCGCCCCCGACGUCGCCGUGUACCAGAACGCAGGCAGCAGCCUGUCCCAGGUGCCGAACUACACUUUAACGUCAGCGCUGCCCCAGCCGCCUCCGCCCCAGCAGCCGUACUCUCCGAAGGCCCUGCUGUAGGGCUGGGAUUCCUCUUUGUGGCAAAUACCUGCUAAACGCCGAUGACAAUGUUAUGAGAUUCUUUGAUAUCUUAAGAUUUGUUUAUCCUCAGCUUAUAGGAAUCGUAUCUUGGUCAGCAAGUUCCAAUAUUCAAGAAGGGAGACCUCUCUUCAAUUUGCACUGACUUUUUAGAGGCCCUCCCCUCCCCCUCCCCCAGAGGAAUGAAACUACUUACAACAUCUGAUUCCUUUCGUAAUAUGAAAGAAUCAGUGCAAGAUUAUUUGUCUCGUAAAAUUACCUGGUCUGCAGAAAGUCAAACUGGCAAGCACCGUUGUAGCAGAUGUGUGCAUAGAUCGCUGUGUAACUUCACUCGUGGCCACUUUGAAUCACGGUGGUGAUCAUGUGAAUAUAUUUAACACUGUUAACUUAAUUGACAUUGCUGUUUUAUUUUAAUCAUGAGCAACUACCAUGUUUCAUAAUGUUUUGUGUAAAUUUAAGAGAAUUACACUGUCCUUUUGAACUGCAAGAGAACAACGCUUUAGCAUAUGUACAUGAAGGCAUUAUGUUGUCCAUGUUUCAGUUUCCCAUUAAACUGAACCUUCCUUGGAGUAAUUGUGCGCUGAACACACGUAUGUUAUGUCAUUGUGUGGCCUCUGCAUUCUACUAGCUGUCAUCACACCAGCGUACAGUAGCUAAAUUUUUGGUGCAUUUAUAGGAAAUGAUGAUGUUCCCUUUUAAACUUUUACAUUUUGGCAUGAUAUUUCAGAAUACUGUGGGACCAUGAGACAAAAUUAAGUUGGACCACAUUCUUUAUAUCUUACUUUUAAAGAAAUAAUGUUAAUUUACUUUUUCCUAGUUGAAGAUAGUAAUUAGGUUUCUAAGCUGUAUACUGUGUUUAUUGGUGGCAGUGACACCAAAGAUAGAGGCAUUGGAUAGAAGCUUUGAAACUGGAAAGAAAACAUGAAUUACACUACGUUUUCAAAGUCUCUUGUAAUUAUUUAGGCUAUAACAAAAUUUGAUUCAUCUGUCUUAUUCCACUGCUAGUCUUUUAAAUAUGUCUUUAACACAGUGUAUCCUUUAAUUCUUCAUUAAAAUGGAUGUAAGUGGAUGUUUCAAAGUCA